AUGAUUGUAUUCCUAGUACUUCUGACGCUUUUCAUCGCGACUGUUGAUGGCGGUCUACUUGAAAAAUACGCCAACGCAUCCGGAAACGUAUAUCACGGUAGGUAUACCCGAGAUAUCCAUGGGCCGGAGCUCCUGAUACCGAGGCGAGUGUUCGCGGACGGUAGAUUCAGCACGUAUUCCUUGCCGAAUUUCUAUAACCGUCGAGAGAUCAGCGAGCGUGGCAAGCGAUCCCUCGGAUCGGCCGAUAUACUGCACCUGGUGCUACCCUUUAACGGAAUCGAUCACCAUGUGGAGCUCAGUCCGUACCAUGAAUUCAUCUCGCCUGACAUGGUGGUGGAGACGCGGGGUGCCGGGAUCAACACGAAUCUGAACGAAGGUUUGAGAUUCAGGAAGGCGUCCGAUCGGCAGUGUCAUUAUCGCGGUAUUAUUCGGGGCCACACUAAUUCCAGGGCGGCUCUGUCUUUGUGCGACGGUGUGGCUGGUUACGUGCAAACUAAUCACGGGCGAUACUUCAUCGAGCCAGUGUAUCAGACGGAACCCGAAUCCGAUGGCCAACAUAUUCACGUGGCUUACAAACGAGAUGCACCGCACGAGGAAAAAGGGCAAACCGGUACCAUGUCGAAAAGACAUUGCGGAACUAGUGACAACUGGGAAUCAGCGUGGGCGGAGCAGCUAGCUAAAAGGCAGAUGCAACUAAUGGAAAAUAAUUCUCUCGGCGCGAAGCGUGAUACCGCAGUAUCCUCAGGAACGUACAGUAUACAUCGAUACAUUGAAAUUGGACUAAUUGCCGAUCGGAGAUUCCUCGACUUCCACAAUAGUACGGAUUAUGAACAGUAUCUCUUGACGAUUAUGAACAUGGUGUCUGACUUUUAUCACGAUAGCUCCGUGGGGAAUCAAAUCGACGUCGUCUUAGUACGAAUGAUAUACUUGGAGAAAGAAAAAGAGGAGAUAGAUUUGCUUAUUAGUCCGAAUGCAGAGAAUACAUUGGAGAGUUUUGCAAAAUGGGCAGAGAAAAUAAAUCCAAAGGAUGAUACUCAUCCCAAUCAUUACGAUAUCGCGGUAUUGGUUACUAGGUAUGACAUUUGCUCAGAGGAAACCAAUUGCGAUCUAAUGGGUCUGGCUCAUGUUGCUGCGGCUUGCGAUUCAGAGAAAGCAGCUUGUAUUAAUGAAGACAGCGGACUUUUGCUCGGCAUUGUGGUUGCUCACGAAGUUGGUCACGUAAUGGGUUGUUCUCAUGAUGAGCCUGAAACCAGUGGAUGUCCAUCAAUGGACACAGAUGAUAGUUACUUCAUUAUGUCCCCUAUCGUCUUCUUAUAUACCAUUAGAUGGUCGAGUUGUAGCAGAAGAUUUAUAACAGCUUUUCUCGAGAGCGGACUGGGAGAUUGUUUGAAUGACAAUCCAAGAAAUCCACCAGAGAAACUGAAAUAUCCUAACAUGUUACCGGGUGCAAUGUACGACGCUGCCUUUCAAUGUGAUAUGCAGUUCCCUGGCUCGAAAGUGUGCCCGCAAUCUCAAGCGAGCGGCUGCGAGACCUUGUGGUGCUUGGUCAACGCGAGCUGCUAUUCCCUGGGGACGCCGAAGGCUGAUGGUACAAAGUGCGGUGAGAAUAAGUGGUGCAUCCACAAGAAGUGCGUGGACAUGGGUACUCGACCGGCCGCGGUGCACGGCGGGUGGGGCAAAUGGGGUCCCAUGGGUUCAUGCAGCAGGACCUGCGGCGGUGGCCUCAAGUACUCCGAGAGGGAAUGCGAUAAUCCGGUACCGGCAAAUAGUGGCAGAUACUGCAUCGGCGAGAGACGACGGCUUUUCACUUGCAACACUACGCCCUGCGACCCGACGAAACCGCCAUACCGCGCGGUGCAAUGCUCGGAACACGACAACGAAGAGAUUCUGACGGACGGGCUUCAUCAAUGGAAGCCAUAUAUAGAUCCAAAAUUAGAACCUUGCGCGCUCUACUGCAUCAACGAGAAGCAAACUUACGUGAAGAUCUCGCCGACGGCAAAUGAUUCGACACCCUGCAAGGCUGGGACCAACUACAUGUGCAUUUCUGGAACGUGCAGGAAAGUUGGAUGCGAUUGGAUGAUAGAUUCAGAGGCAAUCGAGGACAAAUGCGGUAUAUGUAAAGGCGACGGAACCAAGUGCAGGGUGGUGAAGGGCGAGUUCACUGAAACAGUGCCACAGAGUGCAUAUGUGACGAUCGUGACAAUUCCGAAGGGAGCUCGAAGCGUGCAGAUUUUGGAGAGGAAACCCAGCGAGAACAUAUUGGCCGUGAAACUCGCAAAAAAUAAAACAUACUGCAUCAAUGGAGAGAAUCGUGAGUUUAGGAGUGGAGAUUACGAGUGUGCUGGAACGAUGCUUAUCUAUACGCAUCCGGAGCCUGACAAGGAAGUAAUAGACAUGAAAGGCCCAAUAUCCGAAGAUAUCGAGAUACAAUACGUCUUCUUCAAUCCCCAAGAUAACCCUGGUAUCGAUUACAAAUACUACGUGAGCUCGACGAAUACAUCGUACACGCCCAAAUAUAUGUGGGACUUUGUCGAGUGGUCAAAGUGCAGCGCUAAGUGCGAUGGUGGCACAAUGAUAUCCGAGGCGUCCUGCAUCGAGGAACAGGAUGGGCGAGUGACGCCUAACUUCUGCGACGGUAUACCGCGUCCGGAGGCAAAGAGCCGCAUCUGUAAUCAGGCCCCUUGUCCCGCAAAAUGGAGAGUGAGUCAAUGGAGUAAAUGCAAUGCCUGUGACGGAAAAAAGGGUAUGAGACACCGCAAGGUCCAAUGCGUAAGACCAAGUGCCAGACCGGGAGAAGACGACGUGCAGGCAAAUCUGGAUGCGUGUAAAGGUCGUGUGCCGAGGCAAAAAGAAGAAUGUAUAGGUACAAGACCCUGCAGACUAAUGUGUCCCAAAAAAACCCGACGAUCGGAUGAGCGGGAGGUUGAGGAUACAAAAGAGAGAGAGAGCUUAUCGCCGAGCGAUCGACGAAGAAUGAUCGACAGAUUCGUCGAUCUCGGUUUAGCCCAUUAUUUGGAGAAAGCCCGCGACAAGUUGCGCGCUGACGACAAACUCGAAGGGAUGAGCGCCGCCCGAGACUUCCGACAGAUCCUUUACGACUGGGCGAUGACAAACGAGGACAAGCGUAAGCGCACCUGCGACGCGGAGAGAUUCACCACGAUGAAGCCGGGAUCCAUCAUCAAGGAUUCGAUACCCAUCGAGAAGAUUGUACUGAUGCAGGCACCGUUCACGGACGAGUCUCUUCAGACUAAUCUGUCGGACAAGGCAUUCCAGGAAGCCGGCGAUCUCGUUGGUGUUGGCAUCGACACGAGCCAGCAGAAGGUGUACAAGGGCGCUCAGGCGAUUAAGCUAAUCGAACAGUUAGUUCAUCAUAAUCUGACAUCAGGUCCGCGCGCGGUUUCUAUUACGAAUUAAGAAUCUUAAUCCGUCAAUCGAUACCGCGGAAAAACAGCGCUGAGUUAAAGAAAAUUAAACGUUUAUACGCGAUAAGCGUAUGCUAUCUUUGUACAUAAUUGUCAUCCAUGUAUAAGUUUCAGAAAUAUAUGAAUAUUUAGAUAUGGA